CGUCACAAAGAGCAGGGAGUGACUAUAUAUAGCACCCGAUCAAGGAGGACAGAUAAAGUGUAUUGUGCAAAUGGAUAACCGAUGUCUGUUAGGGGCACCUGUUGUACACAUCACUCAAAAUGCUGUAUGCGAUAUUCUGAAUUACCGCAGACGACGAUCGAAUCUGAAAGAAAGCAUGAAAAAUCUCUUGAACAGCUAUUCUAGUUAUUCUCUACGCUAUGGUAUUGGAGAUACAGAUUUCAACGAUCCUACGAACCAAGCAUGUUAUGUCUUUCUAUAUUUUCCCGCAUUGUGCUAUGGCACGCUCCAUGGCUUAUUGGAAUGUCGAAGAUACUUAACAACAGUUCUAGUAGAAAAACCUUUAACAGACAGGUGUCUAAAAGUCUGUGCAUUGGGCGGAGGACCUGGGACAGACUUAUUUGGUGUUAGAAUGUUUUUGAACGCUACUGGAUAUGGAGACGUUCCGAUCAAAGCGACUGUUCUCGAUAAGUAUCCCAAAUGGUGUCUCGCAUUUCAGUGCUUAUCAUUACAGUUACAUCAUUCAUCCUGUAGGCCUAUGCCUAUAUCUGCCGAAUAUAUUCACCUGGAAGUCAAUAGUCAGAGUGUUCAUUCAAUCCCAAUUGAUUCCAUAGCCGAUGCUGAUUUGAUUACAUGUAGCAAGUUUGUAUCAGCCGUGAGGGCGUUACCCAACUCAAGAGAGAUGAUUUUAGCGGUACUAAGAAGCGUUAAACCCGAUGCGUACAUAUUCUAUAUGGACAAUUCAAAGGGAGAUAACACGGAAUACUUUCGUUCUAUUGCUACGUAUGCAAACUGUACUGAAGUAACUUCUUUUGUACGAGAUGGGGAUAAUCAAUUUCGACUACCAAAAACAGAGCAAUCAAACAUUUUACAAAAUUUAUCUAGAUGGUUUGACAUUAAUUCACAGCGUAACCUUCGCGUUACUUUUAUGAUGUGGAAAAAGAAUCAAACGUCAUUUUCACAACAUAGGCCUACAUGUAAGUAUCAAAGUACACAUUCAAGGCCGGGUAGCAAUAACUUCAUGAACGUGUUUGGUUCAACACGUCAACUGCAAAAUAAGAGCAACUCUGAUCUUUCUCCUCAAAAAGUAAACAUACCGUUCGUGGCAGAUAAUUUGCGAGCAAAGACGCAUGCUCAACCUUGCAGUAACGAUUACAAUGUAUCCGCUACUAACCAAUUACAUAAUCCAAUGCGAGAGGCCCAACAUAAAAGUUACGUGCCAAAAACGGAAUCAUUGACGCGUCUUACAGAUACAAUAACGUCAGGUUCAACACAUCCAUUGUUAACUCAGGGAACUUUUCGUCCUUCUCGGCUACAUCAUAGGCCAUUUACAUCCAGUCUUCAAGGAACGAAGACUAAUAGUGGUAUUUCACAAGUACAAGUACCAACUGCGAAAACACCUAACCAAUAUUUUAGUCAAACACGAGAUUCUGUUAAGUUGAAUUCUGUACAAACCAGGUCAGAGCCACAUCGCAAUAUCCAUGUAACUUAUCUAACACAUCCACCGAAAACCCAAAGCGCAAUACUGCCGCAAGCGUUAACGCAACCAUAUCGCAGUACAAACUAUCACACUUCAACAUUUAGUCCAGAUGUUAGUACACAACCGGACACACACUAUGCCGACGAUCGUCGGAGGUCAACGCCACAUCACAGAAUCGCUGCAAUACCGAUGCAAGCGUUAAUGCAACCAUAUCGCAGUACAAACAAUUAUAAUGCAUCAUAUAGUCCAAUUCGAGAUGUCAGUAUUUUGCCGGACACAUACUGUGCCGACGACCGACCGCCGACGCGAUUCCAUGGACACUGGAAAGCGACCAGGCCAGCGCAAAUGUUCGUUUGUAAUGAUCCCCUUACUCAGACUGUCGCAAAUAAUCAGCAGACGGGGUCGCGGUCGCGUCGCCAGCACUUACUGGGAGAACAUUAUCGAUUCGUCGGUCGACGGUCAGACCUACCUUAAGAAGGUUGUCCAUACAAUUUCAUAAAUGGCGAUUGGACACGGACGUGUUUACACAGCGCUCAGUGAAUUACUGAUCUAGAUCAUGGCCUGCAAAAAUACUCGGAAGCGUAGGAAGUGAUGUGUAUAGACAGGAGUCUUAGGCUGGGUCCUUAAAGUUUAGAAAAAUGGAAGAGCAAGAGGAAGUAGUGAAGUUUAGUUCGUAUAAUGUUAGAAAUGAAGUAUAUAGAGCGAAGCCAUAAUAAAUCAUACUGGAAUAAACAGAUGUUCAGGCCAUCAAGGCGUAUUGCAAAAAACAAGAGGCUUUUAGUGUCCAUACAACUAGUCCUAAUUUAUGAAACUCAUUUGCGACGGUCCAGUUACUUUUUAAAGGAUGCCUAAUAUCUUAAUCAAUUUCUAACUCCAUAAAUAUGAUUCUGUCCAGACUUUACUGUUUAUUAAGUUUGUAUACUGAGUUUACCUUAUUUCUUAUAGUUUACUAUAAUCUUUCAUUAGAUAAUUCAUUAGUAAAAAUAAAGAUUUACAUGUUCUUUUGUGUAAUAUUGGCUAGUAAAGCAUCAUUUCCUAUUGCAUAUACAUUUUUUUCUUGUUAAUGUAUUGCAAAGAAACAUGGUCCUACCAUAGAGGUAUUAGUCAGAUGUAAAUGUUGUAUUACUCACUAGAUUUAAACAGGCAACUUUAAGGAGUGCAAUUUGAUUGCCUAAAAAUUGCAUAAACUAGACCUAAAACAUACAUGAAGAAAUUUGAUUAGUGAAACAGGUACUGGAGGACCGGAGGUGGUUAUGAAGUGGCCGAUAGUUUAGACGCUACAAUUUGUGUGAUGAUGGAAAAGGUUUACCGACAGAUUUGUGGUUGAAAUCGAGGAGAAUGUUAUAUUGGUGGCUAGCGGUGGGAUAUAGAUUCGCUUUUGCAAACAUUUUCGUCACAAUUCAGUUUUUAACUAAGGAAUUUUUGAUGAUGUUUUUAAGAAAUAAAGAUAACUUGAUAUUUACUAUGCCACUGUCGUCCUCAAUACCAAUGAAUAGUCACAGCUUCCUAAAUGUUUAACCCGUAUUUAAGGGGGAAAUUUCAAGUUGUCAGUUAAUUUUCUCUAAAUAAAAGUGUACACCUAUUAAGGGGGCACUUUUUUUGGUCUCGAAAGUUUCCUCUUACUAGGGGUUGUACUUUACAGUAAUGAUA